UGCGCGCAGCGGCCGGGAGUAGGGGGUGGGGCUGAGUCUUGUGAGAGACCUAGGGGCAGGGGCCGCCUCCGAACACCCCUCUGCCGGCUUCUCCCGCACGGUCUGUUCGGAGGACCGGUGGCGACCUCGGCCUCCAGCAUCUAAGGCAGACUGAAGCGGCGGCGGCGGCCAGGAUGGCGUUGCUGGGCUUACUGCAGGCGGGAGGGUCAGUGCUGGGGCAGGCGAUGGAGCAAGUGACGGGCGGCAGCCUGCUAUCCAUGCUACUGAUUUCCUGCGCCUUCACGCUGAGCCUGGUCUACCUGCUUCGCUUUGCCAUCGGCCACCUUGCGCCCUUGCCGGCCGGGGCGAAAACUCCACCAUACAUUUUCUCUCCAAUUCCAUUCCUUGGGCAUGCCAUAGCAUUUGGGAAAAGUCCAAUUGAAUUCCUAGAAAAUGCAUAUGAGAAGUAUGGACCUGUGUUUAGUUUUACAAUGGUGGGCAAGACAUUUACUUAUCUUCUGGGGAGUGAUGCCGCAGCACUGCUUUUUAAUAGUAAAAAUGAAGACCUGAAUGCAGAAGAUGUCUACAGUCGGCUGACCACACCUGUGUUUGGGAAGGGAGUUGUGUAUGAUGUGCCUAAUCCAGUUUUCUUGGAGCAGAAGAAAAUGUUAAAAAGUAGCCUUAACGUAGCCUACUUUAGACAGCACGUUUCUAUAAUUGAAACUGAAACAAAGGAAUACUUUCAGAGUUGGGGCGAAAGUGGAGAAAGAAAUUUGUUUGAAGCUCUUUCUGAGCUCAUAAUUUUAACAGCCAGCCAUUGCUUACAUGGAAAGGAAAUCAGAAGUCAACUCAAUGAGAAGGUGGCACAACUGUAUGCAGAUUUGGAUGGCGGUUUUAGCCAUGCAGCUUGGCUGUUGCCGGGCUGGCUCCCUUUGCCUAGUUUCAGACGCAGAGACAGAGCUCAUCGAGAGAUCAAGAAUAUUUUUUAUAAGGCAAUCCAGAAACGCAGACAGUCAGAAGAAAAAAUUGAUGACAUUCUCCAAACUUUACUAGAUUCUACUUACAAGGAUGGGCGCCCCCUGAUGGAUGACGAGGUGGCGGGCAUGCUCAUCGCACUGCUCUUGGCUGGGCAGCACACGUCCUCGACCACCAGUGCCUGGAUGGGCUUCUUUUUGGCCAGAGACAAGACACUUCAAGAAAAAUGUUAUUUAGAACAGAAAACAGUCUGUGGAGAGAAUCUGCCUCCUUUAACAUAUGACCAGCUCAAGGACCUCAAUUUACUCGAUCGCUGUAUAAAAGAAACAUUACGGCUUCGGCCCCCGAUCAUGACCAUGAUGAGAAUGGCCAGAACUCCUCAGGUGGUGGCAGGGUAUACCAUUCCUCCAGGACAUCAGGUGUGUGUCUCUCCCACUGUCAAUCAAAGGCUUAAAGACUCAUGGAAUGAAUGCCUGGACUUUAAGCCUGAUCGCUACUUAGGGGACGAGCCAGCAUCUGGAGAGAAGUUUGCCUAUGUGCCAUUUGGAGCUGGGCGUCAUCGUUGCAUUGGGGAGAAUUUUGCCUAUGUGCAAAUCAAGACAAUUUGGUCCACUAUGCUUCGCCUAUAUGAAUUUGAUCUCAUUGAUGGAUAUUUCCCCACUGUGAAUUAUAGAACCAUGAUUCACACCCCUGAAAACCCAGUCAUCCGAUACAAACGAAGAACAAAAUGAAGAACGCUGCAAGGAACUAAAAUGUGAAACGUCACUGUAAACAGCAAAAGCAUUGGAAGAGAAUGAAGUUUAUGAAACAACUCUCUGUGUAUUCUUUUUUGAGUGUGUUAACUUUAAAAGGCAGCAAGCUUAAGUUUUUAUAUUUUCUUAACUGAAUGGUUCCAUAAAAUCUUAAUGGCAUUUCAGACAUUUUCUAGUACUUUUAUGAUGGCUAUUUACUACAUAUGCUUUAUUUGAGGAAAUCAAGGUCAUUAGCAGAAAAUUGUUUAGGGGGAUGUUGGCUAUUGGCAGAUUCUAAAUAACACAAUAAGUAUUAAUUUUAAGAGCAUGCCUAGCUGUUGGCAAGUAUGUUCAGGGUAUUCAAAUUUUGGACUAGAUCUGCAGGUAUAAAAGCCUAAUGCGAUCCUCGGAAGCCUAGGUUAUUUAUUCAUUUACGGGGUAAUGUUUGUAUGUGAGAGGAUUGGUGGUUAGGGAAUAAACAUUUAGAGCCUUGGGUGAAAGAGAUUUCUAUGAACUGUUUUGAUAUUGUAGUAGCAAUGGAGCUAUACUGUAAGAAAAUACAUCCUUAGGGAGUAUUGUCUAUAGGAAACAGAGAUAAAAACAAUGUAAGUGUUAAUUCCAAAGACUGCUUGCCUUAACUUGAUGGAAUUACUAAAUAUUUUAUCUACCUGAUACAUUUAUUUCUGGUUCCACAUGGUGACAUCUCUGUGAAAAUCCAAAAUAAAGUCCCUAAGGGAUAGUUUUUGUUCUCUUUGGCUCCAGGAAGGUUCCCUACUUCUCCAGAAUCUAUUUAGGAUAUUUCUGUUACUAGUUCUGUUCAUUAAAACUUAAUUUAGGUCAAUAAGCUUUUUUUUAAUACAAAAUUUGAGAUCAGAGAAUUGUGCCUUUAACAUAAGGAUAACAUGAAGCAGGGCCCUUGAAAGCAGUAUCACUGGUCCUAUUCUGUGACCGUGAGGGCUGUGUUCAGGAAUCAACUCAAAUUAUAACGGGAGGCCUGUCUUUUAUACUUGGAAUUUGACUAUACAGUCUGUUUUUACUAAGUGAGGCCAAACUAUUUUCCCUUGUGUGUAUGGCAAUUCUGUUUAGGAGGCUGGAGGACUCAUGUUAAAUGCUGUCUCUGCUGUACAGAGUUUUUCACAUUAAAAUUAUCUUGGAGAAAAAUAA